AUGGCCGUAGUUGGAGAUGUAUCGGUAAAGGAAGAAAAAUUGGACGCCGUGAAGCUUUGUAGCAUGGAAUGGAAACCGUACCAUUGGUCACCGGUCAGUAUAGUGUUCACCAAUAUAUCACAGUGUCGCACAAUACCUCUCGUAAUAAUCACUGCCACAAUUGAUGAUUCUUUUUCCUUAUUCUUCGUGAUUUUCGGAGCUAAAAUCAACGAAUUCGUGAAGAUGGAGGUGCUUAUUCCUAACGAAACUCAGGUGAGUAAAUAUUCUACUAAUGAAAUCAAUACGAAGCAAAAAGUCUGCAACUUUCUUCAAUAUGGAAGAAAGAGAAAGCUUCAACCCCUAAUUGAUCCUCAAAAACGAAGUGACAAAGUUUCAUCACCGAAGAGGACAAGAACUUCUAUCAAGAAAGACACUCCAUGGAUCAAAACUAAAGCUUUUCAUGGAAAGAACAUACCAAGUUACGCCAGUGCCCCUGAUAUCUGUGAUUCUGAUGAGGAUGAUAGCGAGGAAGAAGAUGAUGAUUAUUAUGAAUACAUUCCAUCUUCAUCACGAAGGUCUAAUACCAUGAAGCUGGAUCAUAAAAGUGGAAAGGAGCCUUUGAAGUGUCACCAAUGUAAGAGAAAUGAUAGAAUAAAAUUUAUUCCUUGUUCCAAGUGUAAAGAAAAACUGUACUGUGUCCACUGCAUCAAGCAAUGGUAUCCUCAAUUGUCAGAAGAAGACAUUGAAGAGAUAUGCCCAUUUUGUCGUGGAAACUGCAAUUGCAACUUGUGCUUACACUCGAAUAUUAAGAUGCCAAAAAUAGAAUUUGAUGAUGAUGCGAAGUUGCAGCAUCUUCACUAUCUAAUCAACUCUCUCCUUCCAUUUAUAAAACAAAUUCGGGAAGAACAAAUGAAGGAGAUAACCGUUGAAGCAUUUGCUCAAGGGGUGCCACAAUCUUCAAUACGAAUCCAGCAAACAAACUGUUCCAAUGAUGAACGCAUCUAUUGUGAUCACUGCUCAACAUCAAUCGUUAAUCUUCACAGAAGUUGUUCAAACUGUUCAUAUGAACUUUGCCUUACAUGCUGCCAUGAAAUACGAAACAACAAUCUUCUUGAUGAAAAAGUUACUUUUGGGUACUUACAUAGAGGUUCUGAUUACAUCCAUGGUGGCUAUCCAUUACCCAACACUUGUCAUGAAUAUAUUUCAACUGAAGAAUCAAGUUCUAUCACAAAAUGGGUAGCUGAAGAUAAUGGGAACAUAUUUUGUGCCCCAAAAGAAAAUGGUGGAUGUGGUGAUUCUUUAUUGGAGCUCAAACGGAUCUUACAAGAAAAUUGGAUUGAAAUUUUGGAAAAGAGAGCGGAAUAUAUAUUGAAUAAUUUCAAAUUUGAUCAACCGAAUGUUGGAUUAUUGGAAAAUGGUGGUGAUAGUUAUAUGUAUUUUAGGGCGGGUAAUAGGGAAGGCUCGGAUGGGAAUUACCUAUAUUGCCCUUCAUCGAAAGAUGUAAAAAGGAGGGAGGAGAUUGUCCGCUUUCGUGACCACUUUGCUAAAGGUGAACCUGUGAUUGUGAGGGAGGUAUUAGAGGAGACAAGUGGUUUAAGCUGGGACCCGAUGGUGAUGUGGCGUGCAUUGGGUGAACAUGUGGAUGAAAAUGUCCGUUUAAAGAUGUCGGAGGUGAAGACUAUUGAUUGCUUGGCUGGUUGUGAGGUUGAAAUUAGUACUAAGAAAUUUUUCAAAGGUUACACAGAAGGAAGACAAUAUUUAAAUUCAUGGCCAGAGAUGCUGAAGCUAAAGGAUUGGCCUCCAUCCGAUAAAUUUGAGGACCUUUUGCCACGUCAUUGUGAUGAGUUCAUAAGUGCAUUGCCUUUUCGAGACUACACCGAUCCAAAAACUGGUUUUCUAAAUCUUGCUGUGAAGUUGCCACCUGAUGUUGUAAAACCAGAUUUGGGCCCCAAAACAUAUAUUGCUUAUGGAAUGGCCCAAGAACUUGGAAGAGGGGAUUCUGUCACCAAGCUUCAUUGUGAUAUGUCGGAUGCGGUGAAUAUAUUGACACACGCCAUGAAAGUAUCGAUUAGUGACAAGCAACAAUUAGCAAUUCAAAAAUUAAAAAGAAGACACAAAAUUCAAGACGAAAGAGAGAAGAAGGAAAAUAUUGUUCAAUGUGAUUUAUAUGAUUGUCAUCCACAAGAGGAUUGGGGGGACAAAGGUGGUGCUCUUUGGGACAUAUUUAGAAGGGAAGAUGCGAAGAUGUUAGAAGAGUAUUUAUUGAAACACUCGAAAGAAUUUAGACACACAUAUUGUUGUCCCGUUAAUAAGGUUUAUCACCCUAUUCAUGAUCAAGCUUUUUAUUUGACCUUGGAGCAUAAAAGGAAGCUAAAAGAGGAAUAUGGUGUAGAACCGUGGAGUUUUGAACAACGGGUGGGAGAGGCAGUUUUUAUUCCUGCUGGAUGUCCACACCAAGUCCGAAAUCUCAAAUCGUGUACGAAAGUUGCAGCUGACUUUGUUUCUCCAGAAAACAUUCAAGAAUGCAUACGAUUAACAUACGAGUUCCGUAAGCUUCCAAGAGGUCACAAGGCCAAAGAAGACAAACUAGAGAUAAAGAAAAUGAUCGUGCAUGCUAUGCACCAAGCUCUUACUGAUUUUGAGGAAUUGAUGCAUACACACCAAACAAACUAA